AUGCAGCCUCUCCGUGUUUGGCUUGCCCCUCUUGGGCCGAAUCCUUGGAAGGUCAUAACCGUCCUUGAGGAACUUGCCGUGCCGUACGAAGUUGAGUCGGUUCGCUUUGAGAACAUUAAGAAACUUCCAUUUACGGACCUCAACCCCAACGGCCGUGUUCCAGGUAUACUUGAAGAAGUAAUUGAUAGAGCAUGGGAUAUAUCUAACACGCCUGCAGCCAUCGAGGACCCCAACACCGGCAUCAAGGUCUGGGAGACUGGAGCCAUUAUUCUCUACCUGAUCGACAAAUACGAUACCAACAACCAGCUGCAUUAUGGUUCUCUGGACAAGGAAAUUCUUUGCAAGCAGUGGCUCAUAUUCCAAGUCGGUGGACAGGGUCCGUACUUCGGACAGUGCACCUGCUUUACUUACCUACACCCCGAGAAGCUCUCCUCCGCAAUUGAGAGUUAUUCGAAAGAGGCCAAGCGUGUCCUUGGAGUCUUGGAUGGAGUACUGGGAGCUCAACCCGAUAAGGAGUGGCUGGUCGGGGAUCGCAUCACAUACGCUGAUCUCGCUUUCGUUCCUUGGAACGACCGACUGGACGCCACGCUUGGAGUCCCCAGCGAUAAAAAGUUCGAAGGCUUCCCUAACGUCAAGGAAUGGCAUGAGCGUAUGACCAAGCGACCUUCCUGGGUCAAGGCCAUGAAACUUAGGGCCCGUCUGAUGGACGAGCAAGGUCUAGACUGGAAUGGUAUGCCUAAGGGUACUGCAAACUUCCAGGAGUAUCAGGAAAGUAUUGCCAAGGGCGAGGCUUAA